AUGAUGCACCUGAGGAGCAAAGUUUCGAAAAAGAAAUACAUGCAUGAAAUAGGGAAUACAGAAGAUGAAGCGACGGGGGGAAACUAUUGGGAUAGGGGAUCAGAUCAAGAGAGAAUUGUCGUGGAUAAGAGUACCUGGAACUCCAAUGGAUGUUAUCCCUUGGAUAAUAAACCGACGGACUAUCAAAAGAAGAAGUUCGAGUACAAAACCCUAGAGGAUGGUGAAGUUCUUCUGUAUAACAGCUUCAUGCCCACUGGGCAGGUCUAUGAGUUCUUACCAUGUGCUCCUGGGCCGUCCCAUGCUAAAACGGUCAUCGGGUAUAAGAAACAUCGAGGGAUGUAUAAAAUCAUGGACAUCGAAGGUGCACCCAAAGAAGGAAAAGAAGACUUCAUGCCGUAUAAGCUGCUACUGUAUCGUGGCUACUUCAGGAAAUCACCAGACCAUGAUGAUGAGCAUCGUUUUAUAUACCUUGCAGAUCCCGAUGCGGGCGACUGCUUCAUUCGACUGGAGGAGAUCCAUAACCGUAUGAAAGGGAUCGAACGGGCGUAUUUUGAAGAUGGUAAAGCGGCCAUUAUGCGUCGCAAUGCCCUUGAGGUCGCUAGAUCUGGCAACGCCAGGGCAAAGAAAGAAGUUCCCGAAAACCCUGAAAAACCUAAAAAGCCUCACGAACUGGGCCAAUUACUCAGGUUCCGCUGCUGGGCUGUCGAAGGUUUCCCAUGUACUACUCAUGAGUUAAAACUUAGCAACAGGCUUUUCCACAACCUCUUUGAUGCCAACGACAAGUGGGAUCAUCUCGAUAUGUUCAAAGUCUGGGCAGAACUAUUGCGCAAGUCGCAGGGCGAUAAACUAGCAUCAAAAGACUUCUUUGGCCGCUACUGGGAUGCUGUCAUUCCCACUCCCGAUAAGGCCUUGUUUGAGACUGGGUUCCUCAUCAAAGAGGUGUUCGCGGCCGUCAAGCGUGUUCUUGAUGCGCCCCGCCUCAAGUUUAGACCUACCCUUACCAUCAAUAACAUCGUGUUCUUUGAUCAAAAAAUCAUACCCAAGGCUGAAGGCUGGGAUAAAGACGGAUGGAGAAGUCUUGAGCCGCACCCCGGGGGACUUUACACCAUUUACGUCUCUCGGCCUGUUCGGGAGUUUCUCUGUAGAGAUAACCAUGACAAGCCGCUUUGGCAGGAUAGAUAUCCUGCACCCCCAGAGAGGCGUGCUCAUGAUCUUAACGAGCUGCUAACCAAUUGCAAAACAACAAAAACAACGACAACAUUCACUUUCGUCGAACAUGACUAUGUGGUUGCUGCGAGGAAAGGCAAGAGAACGCCUACACAGGAUAAAUGUGUAGCUGCUAAAGGGUUUUCUGCUAACGCUGCCUUAUCAAAAAUAUACCCUGAAUAUCAUCCCGAUGUUGCCAAAGCGAAGAAAAGAAGAGUCGCAGAGUGGUUACAUAGGUCGGCUUUUAGCUACGGAGGAAUCACCGAAGGAGACCUGAGCUCAUCUCAGGUCCCUAACAAUCUCGUUCUCGGCACUCCUGAUACCAAUACGGUUAUGAUGAGGCAAGUACAUACGCAGUUGCCUCUUACACAGAUGUACAAUUCGCUGACAUUUAACAGAUAUGAAGCUUUUGUCAAACGUCUUGCGUACUAUUCCAACAGCGAGAAACACGCUCCAGUUCUCGUUGUAACGAAGGUUUGCUAUCCUGCUCUGGCAGAAUGGGACCAUAACUGGAUACAGGACGCUGAGUACACUUGGUUGGCACCUGAACUUUCUUACAACUACUGUAACAGCAGGAAGGAGGAUAAGCCUCACGUUCAUAUCCACCGAAGAUUACACCCUUUGAACCGCGAAACUUGCAUGCUGUUUGAGGCUCUUCUGGAUAAGUCCAUGGAGAAAGCUUGCUGGAAAUGGGAUUGCUGGGAUAUCAAUGCUGUCGCGAAAGCGCUUAUAGAGUCAACGGCUUUGGGCGGAGACCAAGAGGGCCCGUUUGGAAAGGAAGAUUUAAAGAGUCUGGUUAAAGAAGCUGUGCUUGAUGACAAAGGGAAUCCCUUGCCCGAGAACGAUUUGGAGGCUGUGGUUCAGCAAGACCUGGAUCAGCGACCUUGA